UGACCUAUCAGUUCCCGAGUCUCAGGAAAAUGGCCGCCGGGCGUGGUACGGGCAUAGCUGUGCGCUCUUGGCGUCGUGUCCUCUGACAAGGUCUGCGGCGCUGCGAGGCGGUUCUGCAGAGCCGUGGGCGCUGUCCUCGGCCAGUCCGUGACUCGGUGAAAUUAAAGUCGGCUAUAGAUUUCUGUGAAAAUGUCGGUUCUUAUAUCACAGAGUGUGAUAAAUUAUGUAGAAGAAGAAAAUAUUCCUGCUCUGAAAGCUCUUCUUGAGAAAUGCAAAGAUGUAGAUGAGAGGAACGAGUGUGGCCAGACACCGUUGAUGAUAGCUGCUGAACAGGGCAAUGUGGAAAUAGUGAAAGAACUGAUUAAGAAUGGAGCCAACUGCAACCUGGAAGAUCUGGAUAACUGGACUGCGCUUAUAUCAGCAUCUAAAGAGGGGCACAUACACAUUGUGGAGGAGCUGCUGAAGGGUGGGGCCAAUCUGGAGCACCGUGACAUGGGGGGAUGGACAGCUCUUAUGUGGGCAUGCUACAAAGGCAGGACAGAUGUUGUGGAGUUGCUUCUUUCUAAUGGUGCCAACCCAAGUGUCACUGGUUUGUACAGUGUCUACCCAAUCAUUUGGGCAGCAGGCAGAGGCCACGCCGACAUAGUGCAUCUUCUGCUGCAGAAUGGUGCAAAAGUCAACUGCUCUGACAAGUAUGGAACGACCCCCUUGGUUUGGGCUGCCCGAAAGGGUCAUUUGGAAUGUGUGAAGCAUUUGUUGGCCAUGGGAGCUGAUGUUGAUCAAGAAGGAGCCAAUUCGAUGACUGCACUCAUUGUGGCAGUGAAAGGGGGCUACACACAAUCAGUGAAGGAGAUUCUGAAGAGGAAUCCAAAUGUGAACCUGACUGAUAAGGAUGGAAACACAGCACUGAUGAUUGCAUCAAAGGAGGGACAUAUAGAGAUUGUGCAGGACCUGCUGGAUGCUGGAACAUAUGUGAACAUACCUGACAGGAGUGGGGAUACUGUAUUGAUUGGCGCUGUGAGAGGUGGUCAUGUUGAAAUUGUUCGAGCACUUCUCCAAAAAUAUGCUGAUAUAGACAUUAGAGGACAGGACAAUAAGACCGCGCUGUAUUGGGCUGUUGAGAAGGGAAAUGCGACAAUGGUGAGAGAUAUCCUCCAGUGCAAUCCUGAUACGGAGAUAUGCACAAAGGAUGGCGAGACACCACUAAUAAAGGCCACCAAGAUGAGAAAUAUUGAAGUGGUGGAGCUGCUGCUGGAUAAGGGGGCUAGGGUGUCUGCUGUGGACAAGAAAGGUGACACUCCCCUGCACGUUGCCAUCCGAGGGAGGAGCCGGAAACUGGCAGAACUUCUUUUACGGAACCCCAAAGAUGGACGGUUACUUUACAGGCCCAACAAAGCAGGCGAGACUCCCUACAACAUUGACUGCAGCCACCAGAAAAGCAUUUUAACUCAAAUAUUUGGAGCCAGACACUUGUCUCCUACGGAAACAGACGGUGACAUGCUUGGCUAUGAUUUGUAUAGCAGUGCCCUGGCAGAUAUUCUCAGUGAGCCCACCAUGCAACCACCCAUCUGUGUGGGCUUGUAUGCACAGUGGGGAAGUGGGAAGUCUUUCUUACUCAAGAAACUAGAAGAUGAAAUGAAGACGUUUGCAGGACAGCAGAUCGAGCCCCUUUUCCAGUUCUCAUGGCUCAUAGUGUUCCUCACCCUGCUGCUGUGUGGGGCUCUCGGCCUAGUGUUUGCUUUUACAGUUGAUACAAACCUCGCCAUAGCCGUUUCAUUGAGUUUCCUGGCUCUCUUAUAUAUAUUCUUCAUCGUCAUUUACUUUGGUGGACGGCAGGAAGGAGAGAGUUGGAACUGGGCCUGGGCUCUCAGUACCAGACUGGCAAGACACAUUGGGUACCUGGAGCUCCUCUUCAAACUGAUGUUUGUGAACCCACCUGAACUACCAGAGCAGACUACAAAGGCCUUGCCUGUGAGGUUUUUGUUUACAGAUUACAAUAGACUUUCCAGUGUUGGAGGAGAAACUUCCUUGGCUGAAAUGAUCGCGACCCUCUCAGAUGCUUGUGAGAGAGAAUUCGGCUUUUUGGCUACCCGGCUUUUUCGAGUAUUCAAGACUGAAGAUACUCAGGGUAAAAAGAAAUGGAAAAAAACGUGCUGCCUCCCAUCUUUUAUCAUCUUUCUAUUUAUUGUUGGCUGCAUUAUUGCUGGAAUUACUCUUUUGGCUAUAUUCAGAGUUGACCCAAAACACCUGACAGUGAACGCUAUCCUCAUAUCCAUUGCAUCUAUCGUGGGGUUGGCCUUUGUGCUGAACUGUCGAACAUGGUGGCAAGUGCUGGACUCUCUCCUGAAUUCCCAGAGAAAACGCCUCCAUAGUGCUGCCUCCAAAUUACAUAAGCUGAAAAGUGAAGGAUUCAUGAAAGUCCUGAAGUGUGAGGUGGAGCUGAUGGCCAGGAUGGCAAAAACCAUUGACAGCUUCACUCAAAACCAGACGAGGCUGGUGGUUAUCAUUGACGGCCUGGAUGCCUGUGAGCAAGAUAAAGUCCUUCAGAUGCUGGACACUGUCCGAGUUCUGUUUUCAAAGGGCCCUUUUAUUGCCAUCUUUGCAAGUGAUCCACAUAUUAUUAUAAAGGCCAUCAACCAGAACCUGAAUAGUGUGCUUCGUGAUUCAAAUAUAAAUGGACACGACUAUAUGCGCAAUAUAGUUCACUUACCUGUUUUCCUUAAUAGUCGUGGGCUCAGCAAUGCAAGAAAAUUUCUUGUAACUUCAGCAACAAAUGGGGACGUUUCGUGCUCAGAUACCACAGGAGUACAGGAGGAUGCUGACAGAAGAGUUUCACAGAACAGCCUUGGGGAGAUGACAAAGCUUGGUAGCAAAACGGCUCUCAACAGAAGGGAUACUUACCGCAGAAGACAGAUGCAGAGAACCAUCACCAGGCAGAUGUCCUUUGAUCUCACAAAGCUGCUGGUUACUGAGGAUUGGUUCAGUGACAUCAGUCCCCAGACCAUGAGACGGUUACUCAAUAUUGUUUCUGUGACAGGGCGGCUACUAAGAGCCAAUCAGAUUACUUUCAACUGGGACAGGCUAGCCAGCUGGAUCAAUCUUACUGAGCAGUGGCCAUACAGGACAUCCUGGCUCAUACUAUAUCUGGAAGAGACUGAAGGUAUUCCUGAUCAGAUGACGUUAAAGACCAUCUAUGAGAGAAUAUCAAAGAAUAUCCCAACAACUAAAGAUGUUGAGCCACUCCUUGAAAUUGAUGGAGAUAUAAGAAAUUUUGAAGUGUUUUUAUCUUCAAGGACUCCAGUUCUUGUGGCUCGAGAUGUAAAGACCUUUUUGCCGUGCACAGUAAACCUGGAUCCCAAACUACGGGAGAUCAUUGCAGAUGUUCGAGCUGCAAGAGAGCAGAUCAACAUAGGAGGCCUUGCGUACCCCCCACUCCCUCUGCACGAAGCCCCUCCUCGGCCACCUUCUGGGUACAGCCAGCCUGCAUCUGUCUGCUCCUCCUCAGCAUCUUUCAACGGGCCAUUCCCAGGCGGGGUUGUGUCCCCACAGCCCCACAGCAGCUACUACAGUGGCCUGUCCGGACCCCAGCACCCCUUCUAUAACAGGCCAUUCUUUGCCCCAUACCUUUACACGCCAAGGUAUUACCCUGGCGGUUCCCAACAUCUCAUCUCACGUUCAUCAGUAAAAACGAGUUUGCCCAGAGAUCAGAACAAUGGCCUAGAAGUAAUCAAAGAGGAUGCUGCUGAGGGGCUUCCUUCACCCACAGACUCCUCGAGGGCGAGGAGCUGGACAAGAAAGCAGCUGAUGCAGCCGUGUGACUCUGGGUUUAACAAACAGAGACAGGCAUCCGUCCCUGCCACAGGCACCUCACUGUUACUGAGUUCAAUGACUGUGGAUGUCGUGUGUGAGAAACUGAGACAGAUAGAAGGGCUGGACCAGAGCAUGCUGCCUCAGUAUUGCACAACAAUCAAAAAGGCAAACAUAAAUGGCCGGGUAUUGGCUCAGUGUAAUAUUGAUGAGCUGAAGAAAGAGAUGGCUAUGAACUUUGGAGACUGGCAUCUUUUCAGAAGCAUGGUCUUAGAAAUGAGAAGUGUGGAAAACCAGGUGGUCCCUGAAGACCCACGUUUUCUCAAUGAAAACUCAAGUGCCCCAGUUCCUCAUGGGGAAUCUGCUCGGCGCACUUCUCACAGUGAACUGCCCCACACGGAGCUUUCCAGUCAGACUCCCUAUACCCUGAACUUCAGCUUUGAAGAACUGAACACGCUUGGCCUAGACGAGGGAGCCCCACGGCACAGUAAUCUGAGUUGGCAGUCACAAACUCGCAGAACCCCAAGUCUCUCGAGUCUCAAUUCCCAGGACUCCAGUAUUGAAAUUUCAAAGCUUACUGAUAAGGUGCAGGCUGAGUAUAGAGAUGCCUAUAGAGAGUACAUUGCUCAGAUGUCCCAGUUAGAAGGGGGCACAGGGUCGUCAACAAUAAGCGGCAGAUCUUCUCCACACAGCACAUACUACAUAGGUCAGAGUUCUUCAGGGGGCUCCAUUCAUUCUAAUCUAGAACAAGAAAGGGGGAAAGAGAGCGAGCUAAAGCAGGAGGACGGGCGGAAGUCAUUUUUAAUGAAGAGGGGGGAUGUCAUAGAUUACUCCUCAUCAGGGGUGUCCACUAAUGAGGCCUCACCCCUGGACCCCAUUACUGAAGAAGAUGAGAAAUCUGACCAGUCAGGUAGUAAGCUACUCCCAGGCAAGAAAUCUUCAGAACGGCCCAGUCUCUUCCAGACAGACUUGAAGCUUAAGGGAGGUGGUCUGCGCUACCAGAAACUGCCCAGUGAUGAAGAUGAAUCUGGUACAGAAGAGUCAGAUAAUACUCCACUGCUCAAAGAUGACAAGGACAAGAAGGCUGAAGGCAAAGCAGAGAGAGUGGCCAAGUCUCCAGAGCACAGUGCUGAGCCCAUCAGAACAUUCAUCAAAGCAAAAGAGUAUCUGUCGGAUGCCCUCCUUGACAAAAAAGACUCCUCAGACUCGGGAGUGAGGUCCAGUGAGAGUUCUCCCAACCACUCUCUCCACAACGAGGCAGCAGAUGACUCCCAGCUGGAAAAGGCAAAUCUCAUAGAGCUGGAAGAUGAGGGCCACAGUGGGAAGCGGGGGAUGCCACACAGUCUGAGUGGCCUGCAAGAUCCAAUUAUAGCUCGGAUGUCCAUUUGCUCAGAAGACAAGAAAAGCCCUUCUGAGUGCAGCCUGAUUGCUAGCAGCCCUGAGGAAAGCUGGCCUGCAUGCCAGAAGGCCUACAAUCUAAACCGAACGCCCAGCACUGUGACUCUGAACAACAACACUGCGCCCACUAACAGAGCCAAUCAGAACUUUGACGAGAUAGAGGGAGUCAGGGAAACAUCCCAGGUCAUUUUGAGGCCUGGGCCCAGCCCCAACCCAACCACUGUGCAGAAUGAAAACCUGAAGAGCAUGGCACACAAGCGAAGCCAGCGCUCCAGUUACACCAGGCUCUCAAAAGAUGCGUCUGAGCUGCACGCGGCCUCCUCGGAUAGCACAGGCUUUGGAGAAGAGAGAGAAAGCAUUCUCUGAAGAAAAGAGAAGUGAAGUAGCGUUGUUCUACCGAGAACAAGUGUCAUAAACUUUGAGUUGACCCAUCCUCAUUACUCAUCAUGUUUUUGCAUCACAGACACCUGAUAGGUGGUCAGGCAUGUGGGGAAGCAGACAGGAAAGCCUGAGAGAAUAGUCAUCAGUCAUCUCCAUUGUCACCAUCACCACAGACACUUUAAAGUCUCACUACCACUGUUAUGCCCUUUCCUGGCACACAGCUAUGCAGAGUGAUGAGAACAGGCUGAAUACAGAAAUAGGUCAGAAGUGUAUUUAAAGUUGAAAGGGCUUAAAUCACAAGGAAAUAAACCUAGAGAUCUCCUUUAUAAACUAUUCAUGUAACAUUUGAGGGACGAUGAAGCACAAACCAAUUUCAUUGUUAGUGUUUAAUCUUGGUGCAGAUUUAUAGGUUUUACAGUAGCCCAGAGACUAAAAGUGAAAACCUAGCACAUGAAUAGCCAGUGUUCUGUAUAAGAAACAUUGCUUUUAAGGGGUCUUAAAAUUUAAGUAGAAAAUAUAUACUAAAGAGAGCGAUAAAAGUUGAUGAUUAGCAAGUUAGUUAGCAGGACCCAAAGCAGUGGCCUGGGCCGUGGUGAAUCAUUAGCAGAGGAGGUGGAGAAGGGCAGUAUAUUCCCAGGAUAUUCUUUCCAGACCCAGCCCUGGCUUCCGACACCAUCCACCUGUGCCCUCAAAACCAUCUUAGUUUGUUCUGCAACUCCUAAGUGAUAUACCUAACUUAGCUCAUGGCUAAAGAAAAAACAAGUUUUAGUGGUACUGGUGAUUAAACUCGGGACCUCACAAGUCUUAAGUCCUGUAUUGACUGACUACAUUCCCAGCCCCAAGCAUGAGUCCUUUUCUUCCUCCAGAGAUUUGGAAAGCCAUGGGUAUAAGAGUCCAGUAAACUCUUAAUGAAGGUGUCGGGAAGUUAUUCCGUUAAAGGAGUGUGCGAUGGUGAUACUAGACAAAUGACAGUGUUUAGUUUGCUAACAUUAAGUCACUGCCUUCUGUAAUGCAGUAGUGUAACGUAUCUGUUCCUAAAGCAACAUUUUAGUUCUGAGGGGGGAAUUAUAAAGAUGGAGGCAUGGUUUUAAAAAGGAAUUGGAAAGCAUAUAACAAAGCAAGAACAGAGUCGGAGCGGGUGUGACCUUGACACUUUUAUUCUUAGCAGAGCUAGGAGAAUGACCACACACAUUUAAGUAUCCUGUAGGCUAGAGGUGUACCUGUCUUCAUCAUGCAUUGAAACUGUUUUUCAUUUGAUCAUAGUGUGUUUACGUAGAUCAGAUCUAGUGGUAUGUCCUGAGCCAUGGGUAGGGUUGUAGAUGGUAAGGUUUUGGCUUUAGUGCUCAUUGAGAUUUCCAUCAUUGAUUGGACCUGUGUGGUUUACUUGACACUGUGUUGGUAGCUGCUCCGUGUUUCACUGCCUGGCUGUUUGAGUGUAAUUGAGCAUUUUCAUGAAGUGCAUAUGUUGCAUGAUCUUUAACAGGUAUUUUUAAACAUUAAAAGCAGCACGAUGUUACUGACAUUAUGCAUUAGUAGUAUGCAAUAUCAUGUAAUGGGUACUUCAGAGGCAGUUUGGGUCCUUUCCAGGUGAGUAGUUAUAGCUCACAGUCAUGGGAGUCCUUUAUUCACACUGUCUGUGAAGUCAAUGCUGGAGUGCCAAGUGCACACGGAGACUAGGAACAAUAAAGAGUUGCAUGCCAUUCUGACUCACGGAGUUUUAUUCACUAUAGCAAUGAUAAUUCCCAUUCUGAUUAAAAAUUAAAA